AUGUUACAACGUCAUGCCAAAGCCGCGGAAGAUGAAGCCGAAAGAUUCCGACAGGCAGCAGAUCAAGCUAAACAGAACAAUGAAAAGUUGCACGCGAAUCUGGAUGAGGAAACUGCCAGCCGGAUGGCUUGUCAGUCAGAAAUGCAAACCUUACGGGAGGAAAUGGAAUUCUUAAAAACAGUGCAUGAACAGGAGUUGGAAGAAUUGCGCAAUAUUACAGUAGUCGAUCAUCAACAAGACCGUGACCAGUGGCGAGACGAGAUGCAAAGAGCCAUUCGGGACAUCCAGAUGGAAUACGAUCAACGGCUGGACAAAAUUCGUAAUGAAAUGGACGCUAACUAUGCGAGUCGAAUCGCCGAGGCGUCACGAAACAAUGCAGCUCAGUCAUCGCAUUUUAACCAGUUGUGUGAAGAAAAUAACAUGCUCAAAGAGACUAUUGAGGGUAUGCGCAAACGGAUGGAACAAUAUCGAGUCAAGUCUGAACAUUACGAACGAGCCGUGGCCGAUGCCCAGGAUGAAAUUCAAACCCUGCGUAAAAAGCUAGACACCGCAUUGAGGGAUUCGAACCGAGAAAGGCAAGCGGCUGAGGAAGCGCUUAAUCGGGCCCUGAAUGAAUUGUCUGCAUUGACCGAUGCAAAACUCAAUUUGGAAUCAGAAAUCGCGGCCUAUCGUCGAUUGCUUGAAGCACAAGAUUCCCUGAUAAGUGGUGUGAAGCCCACGAACACGAUAACCGUGGACACUUCUCCGGCCAAUUAUCGGCCAAAAGAACUCCGCGUUCGAGUUCCCUCGUACACAAUGACACAAACAACAUCCGCUCAAAGCCGUUCACUUAAGACAGAUAACUCCAGCGUGAAUCGUUGGACAGAACGUGAUGAACCUAGCGGUCAAUCAAUUCGAUCGCAUCUGGUAGAGCGAACUAUUGAAGGUGAUAAAAUAAGUUCCGGACAAAACGAGAAUUAUUCUCGCGGUCAACUAGCCCUGACGGAGUGCGCUCAAAACGGUACAUUUAUUGAGAUCAGCAACACAGGCAAUUCAGAUGUUGCUCUGUCCGGCUGGUGCCUUAUCCGAAAUAUUGAUCACGGUCGAAGCAUCAUACGGUACACUUUUCCCGAUCGUCGAAUUCCUCCACACCACACGUUUCGAAUUUGGGCUUCCGGUAAAGGAGGACAGAAUACCGGUUUUCUGGACUUUGAGGCACCUUAUGCCAGCUGGGGAACGGGUAGUGUGGUUCACACAAGUCUUUUCAGUCCCGAUGGAGUGGUACGUUUGAAAACUGUACUACUACGCUCCACUUUGUGCAUAUAA